AUGGCUGAUAAUAUACAAGCAUCUACAUCCCGACCCGGCGAAGCGCAACCAACCAUGGCAGAGUACAAGAAAGCACAGGCGCGCGUGCGAGAUUUGGUCGACCGCCGCAGGCAACUGGAACGGCGCCUUGCCUCGAUGGAAGAGAGCAUCGCCCAGAAGGAAACCGCCUAUCUCGACAGCACCCCCAGCGGCAACAUCAUCACUGGCUUUGACAACUACAUGAAGGGAACAAGUGGCGCGGCAGCCCAGCGACGAAAAACGGGCCCGGCGGAACAGAAUCGCGUGUUUUCGCGCUCAUCAAUUUCAUAUCGACCGAAUAACGGGGACUCUUCGGCUCCUGGAUCAGUAGGCUCGACUCCUGCUCCGACACCGUUAUCCACCACGUUUCGAGACAGCGCAUCAGGCAAUCCUACGCCGACGUCCGCGGGCGGGAAUAAAGCGAACAAGCCCAAGAAGAGAGAUACGGAAGAUAGCGAGAAUGAUACGCAGAUUAAUAAGAAGCGAACGAAUUUUGGGGCUUCGAGGAAGUGA